AUGACCUCCACAUUCACUGCCCUGCUCUGCCUUGGGCUGUAUCUGAGCCAGACCAUCGGCGCCCAGACACAGAUUCUCUCAAAACCCAUCAUCUGGGCCAAGCCCAAUUUCAUGAUUCCGAAGGGAAGGCCAGCAAAGAUCUUAUGCCGGGGGUUUCCUGAGGCCACUGAGUACCAGCUGUAUUUCGAGGGACACCUCUCUGCCCGGCAGAGCCCAAGACAGCCUGGAAUAAGGAACAUAGUCUCAUUCCCCAUCUCAGCCAUGACCCUGCUCACUGCAGGGCAAUACAGGUGCAUUUACCGAAGCGGGGAGCUCUGGUCAAAUCCUAGUGACCCUCUGGACCUGGUGGUAACAGAAAUGUAUGACACACCCACCCUCUCUGUUCAUCCCAGGCCUGAGGUGAGCUCAGGAGAUAAUGUGACCUUCUAUUGCCGUCUAGAGACUGCAACAAACAUGUUCUUUCUGCUCAAGGAGGGAAGAUCCAGCCGCCCACAGCCCAGAUACGGGAACACCCAGGUGGGGUUCCCCGUGGGCCCUGUGAGCACAGCCCACAGAGGGACAUACAGAUGCUUUGGCUCUUAUAACAACCACGCCUGGUCUUUCCCCAGUGAGCCUGUGAAGCUCCUGGUCACAGAAGAUGCUGGGGACACCAGCCUUGCACCCACAGAACACACCUCUUUUUCUGACUUUUGGGACCCCCACCUGCUAACCACGAACACAGCAGUCCAGCAAGACCCUGCCCUCUGGAAUCACACUGCCCAGAAUCUCCUUCGGAUGGGUCUGGCUUUCCUGGUCCUGGUGGUUAUUGGGUACCUCCUGACUGAAGGCUGGCUUUGCAGGAAGAGAAUACCAGGAACUUCAAGGAACAGGGCUUCAAGUCAGGAACACAGGAGAAGGUUCGGAACACAGUGA